CUCGACUCCAGUUCCCGGCGGAGAUUUCCCCGUCAGGAAAACUCUCAGGCUGUCCGUUCUCAUGUCUGGUUGAACCUGCCGCUUCGAAGACACGGAUUUUACUCGGUUUCGGACGCGAAGUGGACGACGCGUGACGGACCGGACUGUGGUCAGGGGUCAGGGGUCAGCAUUUACUUUUACGCCGUGGGCACGCGCGGUUAAAACGAUCAUUCCAGUGGACGUUCAGGGGGUCAUAUCAACCCUCUGUCCACAAUGUCAUCCAGAGGGAAAAAUGACCUGUGCCAAAUAUGUGGCGGAGCUCUGCAGGGAAACCAAAGGCGGUGGCUGUUCGGGGGCCAAAAUAAGAAGAACAACCAGUCACAGAGCCAGGCAGGGUCUCUGAGGGGACAAAGUCUGUCCAGGUCAUCACAGAGCAGCCCCUGGGGAAGUAUGUUGUCACUGGGGUCUUCGUCAUCUCUGUCUAAGUCUCAGCAGUCACUGAUCUCCCCCUCCUCUAAAACAAUGGAUCUGCUGUCGGUGUUGACCCACAUACUGGGUCAGUCGGUUCCGCGGGGCAGCGACCAUGGAGAGUUUGUGUGCGGCAAAUGCGUGUGUGUCUUGGAGCGAGUGUUUAAGUUCGACUCGGUAAUAGCCAGGGUGAAGGUCCUAUCAUCUGAGAGGCUUCAGAAGCUGACGCAGGAGAGGGACAAGAUCCGACGCUGGGUUCGCCAAAACUAUUCCCAUAGACACCCGCAGGACGUCCACAGCCGAGGCAGCACCAGUGAGGAGGACGGGGAGGCGGAGAAGGAGGGAUACAGGGAGAUGCUCAAAGACAACAUGGCACUGUCGGAGUAUGAGUGCUGGUCUGAGAAGUGGGACACAUGUCCAUAUUUCAUCAGAACAGGUAAAAGAUGCAGAAAGGGGAAAGGCUGCGAAGGUUGUGACUCCUUACGGGUUUCAGACUCGGAUUAUGAGUCGGUGUGUGGGGUUCCCCGUCACUUGCCUCUCCAGUCCUUCUCCCCUCUGGCCUUAUCACGGGACAAGUCCAGGAGCAUGCCCCUCCACUGGCAGAGGGUCCCGUCGUCCAUCUGCUCCAGCCCGGCCUCAUUAGCAGGGUCCACUCUGUCUUUACGGGCAUCAUCUCGGACCGAGUCCAUCCAGUCUCUGGACUCUCUGGACGGCACAGAUGUGUUUGAUUCCUCUGGUGAUCAGUCUGUCAGCUUUGUUCUGAAGGAACUGAGGAGUAUUGAAGGACGGCCGGUCAGUUCACCUGUGGGGAGUAGGAUUCCAAUUUUAGGCACAAAGGAUGGUCGAUACAGUGGAAAAAUGAAAGACGUGGCGUCCCCCACAGUGAACAGGGUCCUGGACUUUGGGGAUAUGGAGAAUGGGGCCGAUGAAGAAGAUGGUGACGUUUUGACAGAGCUGAGAGAUGAGUUCAUGCCUCUGCAUCGAGAGAAUAACACAGGCAGAGUCCAGCAUGCAGUCAGGCAGCUGCGAGGACAGCUGGACCAGGCUCUGUCCCGCAUCAGGACCCUGGAGGCUGAGCUAAAGCAUGGGAGUAAAGCGGGUGAAGUCAACGGGUCACAUGACUGGGCCUCGUUGGUUCAGGAAGAUGGAGGCACUUCUCUUCUGCAGAGCCUCGGACACUCGCUGCACAGCCGGGAACGCCUGAUCCAGGAGUGUAUGGGUCUGAUCAGGAGGCUCUGUGUGGAGGAGGGAGUUGGCUCUGAACUCUCUGACAAGCUGACGGAGAAACUGGCUGAGAGUCUGAAGGAAACUCAGGCCGACAACAGAGCCGCUCUGGAGAGUCUGAGGUCUGAAAUGAUGCAGAGUAAAAAGAGGAUGGAGGAGGAGAUCGAGGCUCUGAGGAAGGCCGGAAGAGACCGCGAGAGAGACCUGGACACACUCAACACGGUGCUGCAGUGUAACCAGGAUGUGAUUAAUGAUCUGCGUUUGGCUCUGGGGGAGAAGGAUCAUCAUCUGAAGGUGGUGGAGAAAGAGAGGGAGGUGUGGAGGCAAAGGGAUCGGGCCCUGAACGCAGCACUGCAGGAGAAGGAAGACCUGAUCCUAUGUCUCAAAGAAGAACUGGACAGCUGUCAGAAGGAUGUGCAGGCUCUCUCUGACUCUGUGAUUGGCCAUGGGUUGUCAGGAGGCGGGGCAGAGGCUGCUCUGGCCUCCCAGCUGAAGGAGAAGGAGACCCAUCUGGCAGCUGUGUUAAAGGACAGAGAGGGAAAUAACGCCACCUUGUGCCAGGAGGUCACCAAGCUGACCUCCGCUCUGCAGGAAUACCAGACGAUGGUGCAGACUCAGCAGGAGAGUCACAGUCAGACAGUUUCGUCUCUGAUGGUUCAGCUUGAAGAUACUCGGAAAGAGAUGAAGGAGAAGGAAAAGGAGAGGAAAGAGGCCAACAGAGUCUGGCAGAGGGAAAGAGAGGACAGAGACAGACAGGAGAGGAAACUGAUGGACAGUCUGGAGAAGAGGGACAAACUCAUAGAGCAAAUCCUUCUGGACGCUGAGGAGCAGGACCAUCUGUUCAGAGAACUUCAGCAGAACAUGCACAACAAAUACCAACCUGUGACCGGCAUCAAACACACACUGUGACAGAGGAGGGAACACACUUUACUGCACAGACGGAAGAAUACUUUGCACUUUCCGCACCACAUUUUCAUCUUUGGUCUAUUUAUGGUGGUGUACAUAAAGUCUAUUUAAUUUAUCAAUCUCUGGGUUAUAGGUUUGUGUCAGCAGACCUGACUAAUAUUGACUUGGACCAAAGGAAGUCUGGUUAUUUUCUGAAAGAGAAACACCAGCAUUGGAUUCAUCCUACAAACAGUGCUGUCUGUGUACGUAUAGCCUUAUUCAUCUUAUUGGUCUGAGCUGUAGAGAAACACUGAUUAGAAACACCACUGAGCCUCAUUAUUGCAACGAAUGACAUGUUUCUUGUUUAGGAAAAAUUUUAAAAAACGAUAGAUUUUAACAAAACAGUUUUCCAAUAAUCAGCCAAAGAUGGAUGGAAUGUAUGAAAACUUUUACAACUAUGAACAAAAUAUCCUUAACUUAUUAAACUUACUUCAAACCUAGACCUCAGGAAACUUUAUAAUUAUUGCUUUAACUCUAAUAACCAUCAUCACUUCAGAUAAGUUCUGCCUGGGAUGGUAAAAAUCGAUGGUUGUUAUCAGACUUUUGUUAAACUCUAUUUUGUUAAAAGCUGUUUGAUGUCAUUUUUAUUGUAUUCUGACAAUAGAUAGACCCAUAAUAUAAACAGACAUUACUAUUUGUGAGUGAAUUCACUGCUGCUGCUGUUGAUGAUAAUAAAAGUAAAGGAAAUAACCAGACUGACUCUUUAAUAACUCUACGGAGUCCUUUCAGAUGCAGGGAGUUGGUUUAUUUAGCUCGAUUGUUUUAUAAUUGGAGAGAUUUCACAUCUCAAAGAAUUGUUCAGAUUAUUUCUAAUUCAUCUUAGAACAACAUUCACAUGCUGUUUGUACCUUUAGUCUGUAAUCAAAGAUUCCUCAUAAAUGUGGCUCAAACUUACGAUUGUGCAAAUACGAGGCCUCAGGAUUCACGUUUAUUUAUUUUUCAUUGGAGCAAUAAUCCAAUAUUAGCCUAAAAUGAGGCGUUCACGAUUUCCUCCACAGUUUGAAACCAUAUAUCCUAGUUCUGUCAUUCAGUGUUAAAAUAUUCAAGUGUCCAUCUCUGUUGACCUGUACAGACUCAUAUGAAAAGUCCCUCUUGACCUCUCAUAUUUCCAUAUCUAAAACAGCUCUUCCAAGUUCAAAUGAAAUUAAACUAGAUUUACUCAUGAGUCCAGAUCAGAUGUCUAGCAGAUGAUGUGAACUUUGUAACUAUACCUUUUCCUUCGCUUUACAUUCAGCAUGUGAGUGUUGUACUGAGACAGAUGUGGGAAGAUCAGGACAUUUAUGUAUUUAGUUGAUUCUUGAAAGCAUUGGGAGUUGUUAGAAUGUGUGAGUUUGUUGUUGAUGAAACAUUUCUGAAUGGUUUGACACUGGUGUUUAUGUUUUUUUUAGGAAAGAGCGGGUAUGCUUUACAUGACAUUUUGUUGGUUUUUGAAUCAUUUUGCGUUGUCUUUUUACUCUGUACGGAAGCUGAGAAUGUUUACGCUAGCAGUUACUUUUAUUGCCGUUAUCUCAAGAUCAACGUUACCAAGAUACUGGUCUAAUUAUUUUGUUAUUUAAAGAUGAUAAACCUCAUUUUCUUGUUCUGACAGGCUAUUUAUUGACGUAUUACAAAUAACUAAGCUCAUGCUGUUGUCCAUCCACUCUCCGAACCACUUAGUCCCGGAGGGUCACAAGCUCAUUCUGUUGGGAUUAAAUUUCUUUCAGAUCUUGAUCUUGUUGCCAUGGCAAUAGAUUAUUUAGGUAUCUCAAAAUGACGCUCAGUUUUUCCCAAGGUUACAGAUAAAUUAUUCCAAUAUCUAGAUAUAGCACAACUCAUUUUUGUCAAGCUAGUUAUUUACUUAGAACAAGCGAAAAGCUUGUGUUGUCAUGUAAUGUGUACAUUUUUACAAUCAUCUUGAGAUAACCAAAGUAUGUUUUCAUGAUAAUCGAUAAAUUAUCUCCUUAUGUUGAGAUAACAGCUCAUUUUUCUGAUAACGUAUAUUAUAUAAUUACCUUGACAGCUGGUUUUCAUGAUAACAGAUAAAGUACUUCAUUAUAUGGUGAUAUUAUUUGGAAUUUUAUCCUGGGUUAAUUAUCUUGUUAUCUGGAGAAAAUGAUCUUUUAUCUCUAACAAGUAAUCAACCUAUUGUCACAAGAAAACCGAGGCUGUUUCCCCUUAAUUACUGCCAUUAUAACACACGUAGAAAGUAUUUUGAUAACUAAACCAACUGAUUUAUGCUGAAAAUGUCAAAUCAGGGAGCCUGUUAUUGAUAAACACGUUAGACUGUGCAUCAUCUAACAGGCUGGAAUUACCUUCUGACAUCCUUUAUGAGUUUAUCAUUAUUAUCUUGUAAUUAACCUUGUGCUUUCCUAAACAAAUGAGCCCAUUUCACAAAAAUUAGCCUCAUGGCAGUAAAAAUAAUUGCAAGCACGGCCUCUGUCAGCUUCUGUAGGGUGUGAGUUUGCUUUAAAUGAGAUUUUUUCUGAUUUCAAACUUAUGUUAUUGUCUUUUUUUGUCAUUGCACACAACUGCCAUCUUUGUUUACUGAGCUCAUUCAUGCUCAUAGUCUUUAUUUUAAAAGUGAUUAAUUCUUUGCUUUUAGGACUUUUUUUUUUUUUUUUUUUGCUUUGGAUCUGAACUGAAUCCUGUGUCUCAUUUGUCAAGUCUGUCUUUUUAUGUGUUUCUUUCUUUUACCUCAAGAGAAUAAAACCCUCUGAAUCAGA